CGGUGUUUCCGCCGGCAGCCGGCGGGGAAGGGGAGGGAUGUCGGCGGUGCUGGCGGCGGAGCGGCCGCAGGUGGUGUCGCACGUCCAGCAGGCGCUGAGCUACACCGUGUUCGACUGCAAGUGGGUGCCGCGCAGCGCCCGGCUGCUGUGCCUGGGCAGCGCCGCCCGCGGCACCGGCGUGCUGCAGCUGUACGAGCUGAACGGAGCGCGGCUGCAGCUGCUGCGGGAGAUUGAAAAGCCCAAACCUAUAAAAUGUGGAACUUUUGGUGCUACAUCUCUGCAGCAAAGAUACUUAGCUACAGGAGAUUUCGAUGGAAACCUUAACAUAUGGAAUUUAGAAGCUCCUGAAAUACCAGUGUAUUCUGUGAAAGGUCAUAAGGAAAUCAUAAACAGUAUAGAUGGUGUAGGUGGCUUAGGAAUUGGGGAAGGUGCACCAGAAAUUGUGACUGGCAGUCGAGAUGGAACUGUGAAGGUGUGGGACCCAAGGCAGAAUGACAUUCCUGUGGCUAAUAUGGAAUCUGUACAGGGAGAGAGCAAAAGAGACUGCUGGACCGUGGCAUUUGGCAAUGCUUACAAUUUAGAGGAACGUGUUGUGUGUGCCGGAUAUGACAAUGGGGACAUUAAAUUGUUUGACUUAAAAACCAUGUCACUACGAUGGGAGACCAACAUUAAGAAUGGGGUUUGCAGUGUGGAAUUUGACAGAAAAGAUAUAAAUAUGAAUAAGCUGGUGGCCACAUCGCUUGAGGGGAAAUUCCAUGUGUUUGAUAUGAGAACUCAGCAUCCAACCAAAGGUUUUGCUUAUGUUUCAGAGAAGGCACAAAAAUCUACCAUUUGGCAGGUUCGGCACCUGCCACAGAACAGAGAUAUAUUUAUGACAAGUGGAGGAUCUGGGAGCCUUCAUCUCUGGAAAUAUGAGUACCCAGCCCAGCGCUCGAAGAAGGAUUCGGAAGGAUGUGAGAUGGGGGUGGCAGGGUCUCUGAGUCUCUUGCAGAACGUGACUCUGUCAACACAGCCCAUCUCUAGCCUGGACUGGAGCCCUGACAAAACAGGACUUUGUGUCUGUGGGGCUUAUGACCAAACUGUGAGGGUGCUGAUAGUUACAAAGCUUAACAAAAUCUGACAGGAAAAUUAGAAUUUCUGAUGAGAGAGCAAUAUAGUUUGCAGUCUGUAAAUAUGGGAGGGGGAGCCCUUCUAUUUCUAAUUUAAUUUCUUCUUUAAUAAAACUGGAUUGGAGAAAUAGAAGGCAGAUUUUUCUAUUGAAAGUUCAGAUAUGUGCAAUCAGAGUUGUUUGGCUGAUUGUGCUGUGAUGACUUGAAGUUGCCUGGGCACAAAAUUUAACCUUCUACAAAUGUGAAUUUACACUGAAAAUAAAAACGUGCCUUUGUGUUAACACAGCUCUGUAAUUUCAGAGUUCACUUGGGUUUGUGUUCAGUUUAUUCAUAGUGCAAAUCUCUUCACACUUGUUAAAUGGUUUGGCUUUAUUAUAUAUAGUGUUGUCCUUGUGCAUUCAUACAGUGGGAACUUCUACAGAAAGUUGUUGUGUUACUGGAUUUAUUAAUUGGAAUGUUUGUUAAAGUGACUUAGGAUUCUUUACUACAGUAGAGAAACGAUAACAAAGGCUAAAAUACUCAGGUUUAAAGGAGUAAGGUUUUUAUUGAAGAUCAUACUGAAAUUAAACUAUCAAGAAAAAUGCACUGUUUUAUUAUUUUAGUUGGGUUUCCUAUUAAGUUUAUAUGUUCCGUUGUUUUUAGAUCUGUUUUCAACUUGAUAUUCCACAAAUAAAAUUAUAUGUAGUGUUUUCUUAA